GAGAGGCUUGUCUCGGAACAGGUUAAUAUCUGUUCAGUGUCAGUUUGUUUGUCGGAUUCAGAUGUUCUCCACAUGUGCACAUCCACAGAAUUAUGAGCAGGAUCCUAUUGUACUGUACAAUGGACUCCAACAUGAAGGAAGUAUGUCACACCUAAUGGAAUUGGGAAUCUGAGAGAAAUAUAUAAUGGAUCCCUGGACAAUUUCAUUCUCACCCAGUUACUUCCCCCGUAAUCUGUCUGGAUUCCCCAUGUAUGAUGGCAUUUUGCUCGACAACAUAUCCGAAGAAGGCCUGAGAAAUGAGACCGACCAGAGCUUGACCAAAACUAAUACAGUCGUCAUCACCUUCAUGUAUUUUGUGGUAUGUGCUAUUGGUCUUUGUGGAAAUGCUCUGGUCAUCUAUGUCAUCCUGCGCUAUGCCAAGAUGAAGACGGUUACAAAUAUCUACAUCCUGAACUUGGCAGUGGCAGAUGUUCUGUUCAUGCUAGGUUUGCCCUUCAUCGCUAUCCAGUUAGCACUGGUGCACUGGCCAUUUGGGGGAGCUCUGUGCCGCGUGGUCAUGACUGUAGAUUCUCUCAAUCAGUUCACCAGUAUUUUCUGUCUGAUGGUGAUGAGCAUUGAUCGAUACCUGGCUGUGGUGCACCCCAUAAAGUCAACCAAAUGGAGGAAGCCCCAUGUCGCAAAAGCCAUCAACCUGGCUGUGUGGGUUGUGUCGCUCAUCGUCAACCUUCCAAUUGUAAUCUACAGUGGACUGAUCACCAAACCUGAUGGCUGCUUCUGCACUAUUGUGUGGCCAGAGCCGCAGGAGGCCUACUACACCGCCUUCAUGUUCUACACCUUCUUCCUGGGUUUCUUCCUACCUCUAGUGGUCAUAAGUCUAUGCUAUUUGUUAAUUAUCAUCAAGGUAAAGUCUUCAGGAAUCAGGGUGUGCUCUAGCAAACGAAAGCGCUCUGAAAAGAAGGUGACGCGAAUGGUGUCCGUUGUGGUCGCCGUCUUCGUGUUCUGCUGGCUGCCUUUCUACAUCUUCAACGUGACAUCAGUUACAGGCACCAUUAGCACUACGCCUUUUAUAAGGAGCAUGUUUGCUUUUGUCGUGGUGCUGGGAUACGCCAAUAGCUGUGCCAACCCGAUAUUAUACGCGUUCCUGUCAGAGAACUUCAAAAAAAGUUUCCAGAAUGUUCUGUGCUUGAAAAAAGCAGUUGGUUUGGAUGAUGUUGAAUGCACUGACAGCAAACAGAACAAGUCACAAAUAACGAAUGAUCCAAAAGAAACUAAAAACGCACUGCUAAAUGGAGAAACGCAAACCAAGGGUCAGAAAAAACAAGGGUCACUACUCAGCAAACUAUGAACUGUUUGCCACAGCACACAUGGAAUACACAAAGAGAGUAAGAGGAAACAAAGCAAAUAUGAUUUCCAUUUAAAAGCCCAGUGAUGGCUUAGUUUCCUAAAUUUACUAAAUAAAAUGGGAUAACUUACCUGUUUUUGGUUACCAUCCAAUAUUUUCAUUGGUUAACACCUUUAAAA